AUGCAAACAUGGUGUAAGAUCUUUACCAUUGAAACAAGCGAACUAGCCAUGGUUGCAGGAUCUGUCCAUAAAAUUACGCUUCCAGCUCCAAAAGCAGUCUCACCCUUUAUUCGUACUGCUCGAUGGGGAUUGCUUUUGGCUGGCGUUCUCUACGGUGCUCUGCGGUUGAAGUACCUGCAAGUUCGCGAAGUUGGCAUUCAGAGAAAAAAUCGCGCAAUAAUGGCAAAGAGAAAGGCUGAUUACGACCAGUGGAUGGAAUAUCAGGCCGAGCAGUCCAUGAAGCAGCUCCUUAGAGAGAGCGGGAUGGAGUAA